AAAAAUUCGGAUCCGCUAUUUCUUGCUAUUCGGUUUGGUUUUCAUUGGUUCGAUAACCGGCACUAACCAAAUAAAUUAUAGAGAACCAAUCUCGAAACCCAGAAUAAUUCCUUUUCUUCCACAGUUUGGCUUUGUCUGCCACGUGGAAACAGCGCAUGAAGUUACUAGACCCUUCGUUUUCUUUUUCUGUUUUUUUUCCUUUCACUUAAUGUUUCAGUUUCUUUAGAUACAUUUGCAUGUCCUCUCGAACUCAAAGUUUAAGGUUUAUUCAAUUAUUCUUCUGCUGUUCUGCCUUUCUCAUCUGUAGCAAGGUUUGUGUCGAAGAUUUCUGAUCUCAUUUCAAUUGUAAUUUGCUUCUUAUCUUAUAUAUUCACUGUUCGUUGUAUUUUUUUUUUUUUUUUCUGUUUCUAAGUUAAGUGUGUUUAUAAUUAUCUCCACUUUGAAACUCUGUUUCUUGUUUGUAUACUUUUUUUGCAGUGGUUUGAAUGUAAAGUUGAAAUUGUGGUUUGAAAUCUCCGUUGGAAUUAGUACUUGAGUAGUAAAAAGGGGUUUUCUAGGGUUUGACAAAGAGGAUGGACAGGAUUAGUAGUCUACCUGAUGAGAUCAUUUGCCACAUUGUAUCAUCCCUUUCUGCGAAAGAGGCUGCUUUCGCAUCUGUUCUGUCAAAGAGGUGGCAGAAUCUCUUUACCAUUGUAGAAAAACUUGUGUUUGCUAACUCAGUUCAGAAUCAAGGGAGUUUAAUGGAUUUUGCCGAUGGAGUAUUGGCUCUGCCGGCUAGUUCUCGCGUUAGGAGUUCUUCUCUAAAAUUUCUAAGAAGUGUUCAUCCAACUCAUUAUGAUGAUUUAAAUCGUUGUCUAUGUGCUUUGCUGAAGCGUGGUAUCUUGGAUCUUAACCUAGACAUGUAUGCUGGGAGACGAUAUUCAUUACCUUUUGAGGUUUUCACUAGCAAAACACUAGUUAAGCUUGAACUAGGUUGUGAUUUUGGUGGUUUUGUUGUUGAUAAUCUCCCUGAGAAUGUUUUUCUACCAGCGCUUGAGACCCUCGUCCUUAGCUAUAUCCGGUUCAAAGAUCACCGUGGUUAUGCGUUUGAGAAGCUUCUUUCUGCUUGCCUUGUCCUCAAGGAAUUAGUCUUAUAUAAUAUGGAGUGGGAACGUUGGAAAUGGUCUGGUAACCUAACGAGUCCAACCCUUCAAAGACUUAUUAUUACUCAUGGAGAUUUCUAUCAGUGUGAUUUUACGACAAUAAAUUUAAUCACUCCCAGUCUCGCCUAUCUAGACUUGUAUGAUAUUGUUCCUGAUGACUAUCCAGUUGUUAACCUUGACUCCCUUGUCGAAGCUAAGCUUGAUCUUAUGUUGACGGUAGAUCACAACUACAAUGGACUUGUUGAUGACUACGAAACUAUCUCUAGCAAUCCAACAAAUCUGAUCAAGGGGUUAAGAAAUGUCAAAAUCCUGAACUUAGCAUCUCCCAACACUUUUCAGGCCUUUUCUUACUUCUAUGAAGCAAUCCCUGUGUUUAAAAACCUCUAUCAUCUAACCAUUACAUGUGAUGAUAAUGAAUUCUGCUGGGAAUUUCUUCCAUCUUUGCUUAAAAAUAGUCCAAAACUGGAGACCCUUGUCAUCAGUGGUCCAUUGCACUAUAAUGAAGAACGACCUGAAUCUGUUUGCGAGUGCUUGUCGGGAUAUUCUUUCUUAUUGUCAUGUCCUCUAGAGGUCCUAGAGAUAACCGACUACUGUGGAACUACUGGAGAGGUGGAGCAAUUGAAGUAUUUUGUAGAGAAACUGUCCUGUCUUAAGUUGGUGAAACUUCAUUCUCGGAAAAGACAUGGUGGCGACAGGAAAAAGUUAUUAAUGCUUCCUAGAGCUUCGUCCAAGUGCAAGAUCAACGUCACUUUUUCUUAAAAUCUACCAAACUUACAAGCAUGAAGAAGAACAAACUUUGGUCCUCCUAGUUACAUCUGUCUGUUUUAUCAUGAACUGGAUUGUGGUUUGUGGAGCACUCUUGCAGUCUUGCUCACAUACAUAUCCUUUGUUUAUCUUUUUGUCGGAGUCUCCUUGUUCCCUGGAGGCUGUUUUGAUCAUGUGUAGGUUGCUUUGAUGUAUUUUUAGUCUGUCUAAACUGAUCGUAUGAUGGAUGCCUUCAGUUGUUGAACGUUGGAUAAUAUUUUGUAUAAUUAAUCAGGUGUAAUUAAUCAGGUGUAAUUAUAAAAACCUAAAAUCUUUUUUGGUAGGAA